GCCGAUCUUGUGUAAUUUUUGUAGAUGUAUAAUAUUCUAUAUAUUUCGUGUACAUCGCUUUAAAGGGCAUCAUGCCAUUUUUUGGAAGAGGAAAGAAGGAGCCGGAGGUCUACGAUAAUGUGCUGGCAGGCCUCAAAGCAUGUUAUAUGAAGAAAAUCCUUCCUCUCGAGGAACACUACAAAUUUCACGAUUUUCAUUCCCCGCCACUAGAGAAUGCUGAUUUCGGUGCUAAGCCAAUGGUGCUCUUGGUUGGACAGUAUUCGACCGGAAAAACAACAUUCAUUAAAUAUCUGAUGGAAAGUGAUUUUCCUGGAAUGCGUAUCGGCCCAGAACCAACCACGGAUCGUUUCAUCGCGAUCAUGCAUGGUGAAGAAGAGGUGAUCAUUCCUGGAAAUGCACUGGUCGUGGAUGUAAAAAAACAUUUUCGAGGUCUAUCAAAAUUUGGAAACUCAUUUCUCAACAGGUUCCAGUGCUCCACAAUGGAAAAUCCAGUACUGAAAUCAAUAUCAAUCAUCGACACGCCUGGUAUACUAUCGGGGGAAAAGCAACGCAUCGACAGAGGUUACGACUUUACAGGGGUGUUAGAAUGGUUUGCAGAAAGAGUAGACAGAAUUAUCUUGCUAUUUGAUGCACACAAGCUAGACAUUUCGGAUGAGUUUCGCCGUAGUAUCGAGGCACUAAAAGGCCACGACGAAAAGAUCAGAAUAGUUUUAAAUAAAGCAGACAUGAUCGAUCAUCAACAGUUAAUGCGGGUAUACGGAGCUCUCAUGUGGUCACUAGGAAAAGUUCUCAACACACCUGAGGUGGCGCGAGUAUAUAUUGGGUCCUUCUGGGACCAGCCUUUGCAUUAUGAUGAAAACCGAAGACUAUUUGAAAUGGAGCAUCAGGACCUAUUCAGCGAUCUUCAGGCUCUUCCAAGAAAUGCGGCACUGCGAAAACUAAAUGACCUCAUCAAACGGUCAAGAUUAGCCAAGGUACACGCAUACAUAAUCAGUGAACUGAAGGCUCAGAUGCCGUCCAUGUUUGGAAAGGACAACAAGAAAAAAGAGCUAAUAAAAGCCUUACCUGAGAUCUAUGCACAGGUUAGUAGGGAGCAUCAAGAUCUCGCCGGAGACUCCGCGCCCUGCAUCGGCAUGCAGGAGCAAGCUCAAGGAUCAAGGAUCUUCACGAAGUUUUCAGCGCGCUGACGCCCACGGCUGCUGGAGGCCGUCGAUCGAUCCGCGUCGCGAAAUCGCGACGUUGCUCGCGCCUUGAUCAUAUUCUCUCCCCCUUACUCGUUACAGGCAUUCACAGGUGCCGAUCAUUCUCCUUUCGUCAUCGGCAGCGGGGAGGGGAUAGACGAGGGCAAGGAGGAUGCGGAGUGGGUCGUGCUGAAGAACAAGCCCGAGUACGACGCCAUGUUUCGCUCAAUGAACGUCACCGAUGGCAAGAUCACGGGCGCUGCAGCGAAGAUGGAGAUGGUGAAGUCCAAGCUGCCCAACUCUGUACUCGGCAAGAUCUGGAAGUUGGCCGACGUCGAUAGGGACGGAAAUGCUGGAUGAAGAUGAGUGGGGCCUUGCAA